UGCCGUUCAUUCCUUCCUUCCUUCCUUUCGAAGAAGGGACGGCUAAUCCGCAAAGCAAUUCUGCCCGGGGUGGGGCUUUACUUCCCUCCUCCCCACGCCUCCCCCCCCUCUUAGCGUGUUGCGUGCAUGUGUGUGCCGCUUCCUCGAGCAAGCCUGCCUGUCUCCAAACACGGUGGGGCCAGUCAUAACAAAACCCCGUCCCCCGGCAGGAGGAACGUUGGAAAACGGCUCCGCUCUUCCUUUAGCGCCGCGCCCGCAAAGGGUUAAGCGGCCGGUUGCUGCCUCCCGCUCUUUGCUAGACGGCGGAGUUUCGAGGAAGGCGCUGCGCGUUCGAGGCAGGCGACGCGGCGUGUGGCUGCUGCUGCUGUGGCAGCUACUCUCGCUUUCCGGCUCGUUUGGGAAAGACGUUCAACUGCGUUUUGCUUUAGGCCCCCGACCUCGAUCCUCUCCGGAGAAAUCUGCUGUUAGGGGGGUGAGGACGAGGGAGCAGAAGAUUUCAAAGCGUAACCGGCCGGACUUGGCGUCGCGGGGCGCUGCGAUUGAACGCCCGGGUGAGCAUCUCCGGGGAAUCGUCUUCUCACGCUCGCUCGGAGCGGUGUGUGAUUAUGAGGACGAGCUUGGCUCUUGCCAGCUAUGGAACCAAGCCAGACCUUGGCGGUGAUCCUUAAACCAGUACAAUGCCGGGACUGAGCUGCUUCGCUCUCCACCUUCCUGACCCAGUGGGGUUUGGGUGAGAUCCAACUGCAGACCAGCCGCGCGACCGUCUUCUCCACAGAUACCACCCAAAUAGCCAUCAUUUUAACUUGCGGUUAUCACAGAAAUCAACUUGGUCCUGAUUUGGUCCAGAAGCACCUGUAUUGAAUUGAGAGAUUUCUCAAACCCAGCUUAAAGCCGAAAUGAAUGCCUUUUAGACGGAAGGAACCUGAAUGCACUUUCACUACUAAUACCAGAGUGAAAGGAAAAGCUAAUCCAACCAUCCUGUCUGCUGUCAACGUUUGGAACUUCUCAUUGAGGAUUGGCCUUCUGUAUAGGACAUAGUUACUCUGCCAUUUAGCAUACAUGGAGGAAGGCAUCAAAAUGUGUAAACCUGGCUAACAACACAGUGAUUUUCAGAAGCAGACUGGAGGACCGUCCAGUUGUACAAGGAUUAUUUUGCAUUUAGUUUCUAGGAAUAUAACAAUCAUCUGCACAGAGGACAAAACACAUCUAUUUUGUUUUAUUUCUUCUUUUUGCUCAACUCUUCCUUCUUUCUUCAGUUAGAAAUGGGCCCGUGGACUAGAAUGUGGCCCAUGGACAGGUUUGCUUUUUUGAAAUCCUGGCUUGUUUUUUUUCUGGGAUUGUAUGUGCAGUUUUCCAAAGCGUUGGCCUGUCCAAGUGUAUGCCGUUGCGACCGAAACUUUGUCUACUGUAAUGAACGAAGCUUGACCUCAGUGCCUCUUGGAAUACCGGAGGGUGUAACCAUACUCUACCUCCACAAUAACCAAAUUAAUAAUGCUGGAUUUCCUGCAGAACUUCACAAUGUCCAGUCUGUGCACACAGUCUACCUAUAUGGCAACCAGCUAGAUGAGUUCCCUAUGAAUCUCCCCAAGAAUGUCAGGGUUCUCCACCUGCAAGAAAACAACAUUCAGACCAUUUCUCGGGCUGCUCUGGCACAACUCUUGAAACUGGAAGAGCUUCAUCUGGAUGAUAAUUCUAUCUCUACUGUUGGAGUGGAGGAUGGGGCAUUCCGGGAAGCUGUUAGCCUCAAGCUUCUGUUCUUAUCCAAGAAUCACUUAAGCAGUGUACCAGUUGGCCUUCCAAUGGACUUACAAGAACUACGAGUGGAUGAAAAUCGAAUUGCCAUCAUAUCAGACAUGGCCUUUCAGAAUCUCACAAGUUUGGAACGUCUCAUAGUGGAUGGUAAUCUCCUUACAAAUAAAGGCAUUGCAGAUGGCACCUUCAGCCACUUAUCUAAACUUAAGGAAUUCUCUAUAAUAAGGAAUUCAUUGACAUACCCACCUCCCGAUCUUCCAGGUACAAAUCUACUUAGGCUUUAUUUACAGGACAACCAGAUAUCACACAUACCACUUUCAGCCUUUUCAAAUCUUCAUCGCCUGGAACGACUUGAUAUUUCCAACAAUCAACUCCGGAUGCUGUCUAAAGGUGUUUUUGACAAUCUUCGCAGCUUGAAACAACUGACGGCAAGGAAUAAUCCCUGGUUAUGUGAUUGUAGUAUUAAAUGGGUUACUGAAUGGCUCAAAAUAAUUCCUUCCUCCAUCAAUGUCCGAGGAUUCAUGUGUCAGGGACCAGAACAAGUCCGAGGUAUGGCUGUCAGGGAACUCAACAUGAACAUGUUGGCAUGCCCCACAACUACCCCAGAUGUCUCAUUUGUUACCCAUAUUCCCACAACAUCUUUGCCAACCACGAUGGCCCCUACUUCAUCACACUUAACCCCAAGUAAUAAACAAACAAGCAUUCUUCUUGCCCCUACUAUAACCACACUCCCCACUGUGCCUGAGAGGAACGAUGAAGAAAAAAUGACCCUUCCCACUGUUGAACGAUUUCAGCUGUUUAUCCACGUUGUAAAUGGCACUUGCAUCCAAGUGAGCUGGCAUUCCCUCUUUAAUGUGAUGGCUUACAAGCUUACUUGGGUUAAAAUGGGUCAUAGUCUGGAAGGAGGCAUUAUUCAGGAACGGAUAGUUACUGAUAAGAGACAGAACAUCAGCUUGACAAAUUUAGAGCCCAAAUCUACAUAUCGGAUUUGUUUGGUUCCCUUGGAUGAUUUUAACAAUUACCGCAUUGGUGAGGACACUGUGUGCUCAGAAGGCACAACGAAGGCUUCCCUAUUGAAUAAUGGAAGCAACUCAGCUUCUAGCCACGAACAGACAACUUCUCAUAACCUUGGUUCUCCAUUUCUGUUAGCAGGCUUAAUUGGGGGGGCUGUUGUAUUUGUGCUGGUGGUUCUGCUCAGUAUCUUCUGCUGGCACAUGCACAAAAAAGGACGCUACACCUCUCAGAAGUGGAAAUACAACCGUGGGCGACGGAAAGAUGACUACUGUGAGGCAGGAACCAAGAAGGACAACUCCAUCCUGGAGAUGACAGAAACCAGCUUUCAGAUUGUCUCCUUAAAUAAUGAUCAGCUCCUUAAAGGAGAUUUCAGAUUGCAGCCUAUAUAUACCCCAAAUGGGGGCAUUAACUAUACAGACUGCCACAUCCCCAACAAUAUGCGAUAUUGCAACAGCAGUGUCUCAGACCUGGAACACUGUCAUACGUGAUAGUGAGGUGUGUGGUGAGGCAAUAUUACCACAAGCAAAAACCCAGAGGGAGCAAGCAAAAUUAAUCUGCUCACACACAAAUCAACAAAAAUUACAUUUGAUAAAUGUUACGCAAAUGCAUUUGCGCAUUUGAAUACUCUGUAAUUUAUAUGGUGUACUAUAUAAUGGGAUUUAAAAAAAGUGCUAUCUUUUCUAUUUCAAGUUAAUUGCAAACAGUUUUGUAACUUUUUGCUUUUUAAAUCUUUAAAAUAUAUAUAAAUAUAUAUAUAAAUAUAUAUAUAUAUUGAAGAAGUACUGUACAGGGUUGUACAAUAAGAACCCAAUGCCAUGGCAAAGGAAAUACAAAACAAAAUGCCUCAUUCAAACAUUCAAUACUUUGAUUUUGGAGCUGUUUGGGGGAUUUUGGCUCGUAUAUCCAUUAGUUUAAGAUAAGUUUGUAUUACAAGAGGAAACUUUAGGAAUGCCUAAGCAGUGUUACAUGAGAGGAAAACAAUUUAACUUCUUUGGUGAUCUUUAAAAAAAAUGGAAUAGCAUUUGUAAAAAUUAGAUUGGCCACCUUGCCUGCCUCUGUCCCUUUAGCUCCCUUUAGUCAGAGACUAAAACUAGGAACUCCCUGGAUACCAGGCUUAACAAGCCUGUAUCCUUCAUUUUGUUAUUUUUUUUUUCAAAAGGUAUAUCCCUUUGUUCAUUUCUUUUCAGAAAAGCUGGUAUGGAAUCCAUCAAGGCAUUUGUUAUUAAAUUCUCAUCAAAUUGGGAACAUUUUUUUAAAAAAAACUGCAUCUAGACACUUACUGUUUUCUCCAGAAAUGCAUUUUUGAAUUCCCAGUGAAAUCAUAUUAGGUCAUAAAUUUCAAAAAUUCUAUUAGUAAUCCAGACAGACCUUUGGCAGAAUACAAUCAAUACAUCAUUCUACAGGUAGUCCUCAACUUACAACUACAAUUGAGCCCAAAGUUUCUGUUGUUAAGUGAGUCAGUUGUUAAGUGAAUUUUGCCCCCGUUUACAACCUUUCUUGCCACCGUUCUUAAGUGAAUCACUGCAGUUGUUAAGUCACUCACAUGAUUGCUGAGUAAAUCUGGCUUCCCCAUUGACUUUGCGGCAGCGGUGAAAUCCACUUACCUUUGCUACCGGUUUGGGUGUGCUCCUGCGCGGAAGCAUACGUGUGCUACGCAUGCUUCUGUGCAUGUGCAGAACCUUCUGUGCAUGCGCAGGUGAUUAAAAAAUGGGGCAUAAUGAUGUUCCGGUGGGUGGGCAGAGCCUCCUGCUGCCGGCGUUACCGGUUCAGCCAGCUGAAUAGAACCGGGGGGGGGGAUUUCACCACUGCUUUGCGGUUUUGUCAACCCAUUUACAAUUACUUGCCAAACUGAUUUUGCCAAAUGCACAACUUGCAUUAUUUCAGGUUAAGGAAAUGUCCUCAACUUUAUCUGAUUCCCUCCCAGAUUAUUUUGUUCAGUUUUGUACCUUUGCAAAAGGACUUCCUGGGAUUCUAAGCUGUACAGUUCUAUUAAUAUGGGAACAUGACAAAAAGAAUACCUAUCCCUUUAGUGAUAUAAGAAGAACAGUUUCCAGGGCAUCAUAUGGAACAUCAUAUGUUAUGCAUGGAGAACUUAGUGCAGCUCUUAGUGUUAGACAACGAUCCACUGAUGGUAGAUUAGUUAACGCUCCCCUCUCCCCAUAUGUAGUCUCUGCAUGAAGUUGAGGACAUGACUGUAUGAUGGCUUCAUAUACUGGCAUGACUGGGAUAUUAGCCAAGGGAUAAGAUGUUAGCUGAGAUUAUGGAAUUGUAGUCCACUAAAUGUAGAGUACCAGGUUGCAGAAGGCUGGACUAUACUACCCAUAUUUGAUUUGAUUUUUAUUUAUUUUAAUCAAUAAAUUAGUGUGGCCUUCCCUUA